ACUUCUACUAAAAUAAUGUUAGUUCUUUUGGACAGAGAAACAACUUUUCUUUCCAAUAAUGACCCCAAUUGAUUCUUGUUAACCUAAAAUGCAUACAUCAGCAGCGAAUUAGAAAAAUCCAAGAAAUGGCAACGGAAGUGAUAGUUGAAUUGCAAAGAAAUUCACCAAAUUGGGCUAACGUAGUUGACGACAUGGUGAGAAUAGAGAAGAAGAUUUUCCCCAAACACGAAUCUUUAGCUCGAUCUUUUGAUGAAGAACUGAAAAAGAAGAAUUGUGGGUUGUUCUACAUCCAAUUGGGUGGAGAUAUUGCUGGUUAUGUUAUGUAUUCUUGGCCUUCUUCACUCUGUGCUUGCAUCACUAAAUUAGCAGUGAAAGAGAAUUACAGGGGAAAAGGCCAUGGAGAAAAAUUGCUGAAGGCAGCAGUGCAGAAAUGCAGAACAAGAAACGUUCAUCGGAUAUCGCUUCAUGUAGAUCCUACAAGAACUGCAGCCAUGCAUUUAUACAAGAAACUUGGUUUCCAAGUGGAUACUCUUGUUGAGGGCUAUUACUCUUCAGAUAGAAAUGCCUAUAGAAUGUAUUUGGAUUUUGACAUGGAAUAAUAGCAUACUGAAAUAAAGAGAAAAUUUUAUCUUUC